UAGAGUGGUGAUGUGUGUGCAUAUGUUUAUGUUAUUCCAUUUUUUUACAUGUUUGUCUUCUCAUUCAUGCCAUUCAGAGGAGACCUCUGCAUUGCUUCACUUCAAGACAGAACUCAUUACUGACACUGCCUUUUAUGAGUAUGAUCGUGAUUAUGUUGAUCUCUGCCCCCAUGUUUAUCCAAAGAUGAGUACGUGGGGGAAUGGGACAAAUUGCUGCUCAUGGAUGGGUGUCACGUGCCACUCUCUGUCUGGUCACGUGAUUGGUCUCGAUCUCAGUUGCAGUGGACUUGUAGGUAAUAUCCAUCCUAACAGCACUCUUUUCCACCUUAUUCAUCUCCAAACACUUAGCCUUGCUUACAAUUAUAUCUAUGGUGAUGUUCCUUUCCAAAUCUCACACCUUUACAAAUUACAAUCACUUGAUCUCUCUUGGAAUCAUGAUUUAGAGUGGAAAGAAAGCACUUGGAAGAGAAUGUUGCAAAACGCAACAGCUUUAUCUGAGAUUGUAUUGGAUAAAACCGACAUGACUUUAAUUGGUCCAACACCAAAUCCUUUCUCUUUGAUCGCCAACUUGUCUUCUACUUUGGUUACUCUUAGUCUUGAUUAUACUUCGAUAAACGGGUAUGUGACUAGUGACAUGCUCUGUUUACCCAAUCUUCAAUACCUCAGUCUAAGUAGCCCUCCAGGGGUUGGCCAUGAAGGCAUUCAAAUCCAUGUUCUAAACUUGAAUUGUACCACUUCUCUUAGAUUUUUGGAUCUUUCUAGAUGUUAUUUCCAAGGGCCUAUUCCUUCAUCAUUCUCAAAUCUGACAUACCUCACUUCCUUGAAUUUGGUAGAAAGUAACUUAAACGGUUCAAUCCCGUCAUCACUUUCAAACCUUCAGCAUCUCACUCAUUUAGAUCUUUCAGGGAACAGACUCAAAGGUUCAAUCCCUUCAUCAUUUUCAAACCUUCAUCAUCUUACUUACUUGGAUCUUUCAUCGAAUAGGCUUGGUGGACAAAUUCCAAAUGUGUUUGAUAGGCUAACCAACUUGCAAACUCUCCUUCUUCAAAGUAACUAUUUUGGAAGGAAGUUGCCACCCUCAUUGUUUACAUUAACUCAACUCUCUGUGUUGGAUUGUUCUUACAAUAAAAUUGUGGGACCACUACCCGACAAAGCAGCCUUUUCAAAUCUCACCCAGUUAAUCCUAAAUGACAACCUCUUAAAUGGGACAAUUCCUUGGUGGGUUUUAUCCUUCAAGUCUUUGAGAUAUUUGGAUCUAUCAGAUAAUCGAUUCACAGGCCAUAUAAAUGAAAUUAAAUCUUAUUCUUUGGAGUAUCUUGACUUGUGCAACAAUGAGCUCCAUGGAAAUAUUCCAGAAUCGAUAUUUGAUCUUGUAAACCUUACAGAUUUGUGCUUGUUAUCACACAGUAGUUGGAGCGGUACUCUUCACUUCCCACUAUUUUCUAAGCUUCAAAACUUGGUGCAUCUUUCCCUUUCAGGUUGCAAUUCAUUGUUGCUAAAUUCUGAGACAAGUGUUAAUUACACUUUCUCCAAUUUGCGGACACUAAAGUUGCUUUCAAACAAUAUUAUUGGUCAUUCAACAUUCUAUGGAGUCUUUCCACACAUUGAGUAUCUUGAAUUAUCCAAUAAUAAACUUGAUGGGAAAGUGCCCAAAUGGAUACAGGACAUGGAUUCAUUACUUCAUUUGAAUCUCUCACACAACUCCUUCACAUCAAUAGGUCUAUUCCCAUGGCAUAGACUUGAAUUCCUUGAUCUUAGUUUCAACUCAAUGGUUGAUGACAUUUCUUCCUUCUUUUGCAAUGAAACUAAUUUGCGUAACAUCAACUUGUCCCACAACAAUUUCACUGGAACAUUUCCACAAUGUUUGGUCAAUAUCUCAUUGCCUUUGGCUUUGGAUAUACAAAUGAACAAACUUCAUGGCACUUUGCCAGAUACUUUUAAGCAUCUUGUUCUUGUAACACUGAAUCUCAAUGGCAACCAGUUUGAAGGUUUAUUGCCGAAAUCUUUGUCCAAUUGCACAGAGCUUGUGGAUUUGAAUCUUGGAAACAAUCAAUUUGAGGAUACAUUUCCCAAUUGGCUUCAGAAUCUAUUAAAUUUGAAAAUACUGGUCUUAAGAGGCAAUAAGUUGCACGGUCCUAUUGCCGAGUUGAAAUCUGAAAAGAUGUUUUCAAGUUUGAUUAUUUUUGACAUAUCAAGCAACAACUUUAGUGGCUCAUUACCGAAAUCAUACAUAAAAAAUUUUCAAGCCAUGAAGAUUCCUGGUGAUAAAGAGCAUAAUUGGAGUUAUUAUAUUCAAACUGGUGCUGGUAUUUCUGGAGAAGGCAGAAUUCAACCAGAAUAUCAUGAUUCUAUAACUGCAACAAUUAAAGGAACCAAUACCCCUUAUGCAAAAAUUCCCAGAGACUUUGUAAAUAUAGAUUUGUCAGGAAACAAAUUUGAAGGAGAGAUUCCAGAUGUUAUUGGAGAGCUUCAAGGACUCAGAGACCUCAACCUUUCAGAUAACAGACUUGUUGGUCAUAUUCCCCGCUCUUUGGGAAAUCUGACAAAUCUGGAAUCAUUGGAUCUCUCCUCAAAUAUGCUUAUUGGAGAUAUUCCUACUGAAUUGACAAAUCUAAACUUUCUUGAAGUCUUAAAUCUUUCCCAAAAUCAAUUGGUGGGACCAAUACCCAGAGGAAAACAGUUUGAAUCAUUUUCAAACGAUUCCUAUGAGGGAAAUAUGGGGCUAUGUGGAUGGCCAUUGUCAAUUCAAUGCAAUAACAAUGUCUCUUUGCAACAAGAUCCACCUUCUGUGGCUGAAGACAAAUUUGGGUUUGGUUGGAAACCAGUGGCAAUAGGAUAUGCAUUUGGAAUGGUGCUUGGAAUUGGCUUGGGAUUCUGUGUUUUCUCAAUUGGAAAGCCUCAAUGGCUUGUGAUCAUGUUUGGAGGCAAAAGAAUCAAAAGAAGGAGGCGUGGAAAUCGGCGUGCAAGAACAACUUAAUGGCCACAACUUCUUCUUGUUCUUGGGGCCACUCUCAAGUUCAUUGUUGCAUGGGAAAUUUGUUUCAGAUGUUGGUUAUUGCUGUUGUGUCUUUUUAUAUUUCAUUUGUUUUGAGAUUGUAAUUUUCUUUUCGCUUUUUUUUUUCAAUGUCUACAAGUCUUGUUUUAUAAUGUGUAAGUGUGUUGCUACUUCUAUAUGAUGAUGUUGCAAGUAAAUUAUGCU